CAGCAGCCCACAGAAGCGCCGAGCUUUCUUUCUCACGCUUUUUACUCUUUCAGUGUCCAGAGAGCUCUCACUUUUCUUUCUCGACUGUAGCCUUUUUCUUGCAUUUAAGCUCUUUAUCGGACUCUGCAAUGGAGGGAAAGCUAUUGAAAUUGAAAGCUUCCUCGCCGGUAUCUCCGCACCCACACUUAUCAAGGUUUCUGGGGACAAGUUGCAGCUUCAUUUCCAAAACCAGGAUGAACCCUUCUACAUUAACGCCGCUAAGCUAUGCAAGACGCAUUCUAUCUGUACGAAUAUUUGCGUCUUCCAGUGGGUUGGAAAAGAAGAAAAGGGUUGAUGAGAGUGAGAAUUUGACCCUUGAAUGUAUUAGACAUUCUUUGAUUCGACAAGAGGAUAGCAUAAUAUAUAGCCUUUUAGAGAGAUCCCAGUACCGUUAUAAUGCAGAUACCUAUGAUCCAAAUGCUGUUGCCAUGGAUGGCUUCCGUGGCUCUUUAGUAGAGUACAUGCUCAAAAAAACUGAAGGACUUCAUGCCCAGAUUGGCAGGUACGAGAGCCCUGAUGAACACCCUUUCUUCCUAGAUUUGCCAGAGCCAUUGUUGCCACCUCUGCAAUACCCACAGAUAUUACAUCCCAUUGCUGAUUCAAUUAAUAUAAAUAAGAAAGUAUGGGACGUGUACUUUAGAGAUCUUCUUCCAAGAUUGGUCAAGGAUGGAGAUGAUGGCAAUAUUGGAUCAACUGCUAUCUGUGACACAAUCUGCCUGAAGGCUCUCUCAAAAAGAAUCCAUUAUGGAAAAUUUGUAGCCGAAGCCAAAUUUCGGGCCAACCCAGAUGAAUAUGAAGCUGCCAUUAAAGCGCAGGACAGAGAUGGAUUGAUGUAUUUGCUGACGAACAAGAAAGUUGAAGAUGCAGUAAAAAAGAGAGUGGAGAUGAAAGCUAUGACUUUCGGGCAAGAGGUGACAAUAUAUUGUGAGGAAAAUGGAAGUGUCCCGGUAUGCAAAAUAGAACCAAGCUUGGUUGCCGAUUUAUAUAGGGACUGGAUCAUGCCAUUGACAAAGGAAGUUCAGGUUAUGUAUUUGUUGAGAAGAUUGGAUUGAACUUUGCCAUAGCUUUUUAUGGUUAUACAUAGAAUGUUCAAAGGAUAGCAGCUGGAUGAUGCUGUGCUUGUCAUUAGACAAAUGAAAGAUGAUAGAAAUCUAAAAAUUAUCAGAUGAACUUUGCCAUAGCUGUUUGUGAUUAUACCCAGAAAUGUUCAAAGGAUAGCCGCUGGAUGAUGUUAUCCUUGUCAUUAGACAUGCGAAAGCUGAUUGAGAUGUAAAAAUUAUUAGAAACCAACUCUGAUGAAGAAAAUAAGGUGCAUUGUGAGAAGCUUCAACUA